UACGGAGGUUUGGCGCCAACUAAAACUGCCGAAACUUUUAUUUUUGGGAGUUGGCGCCAUUUUAGUUUCCCGCUUCCCCAUUACUCCUGAGACUUCCUCUCCAAUCUUCUUCCCCAUUAGAAAAACCCUAAAAAACAAAAUUCACUCUCAUCUUCCUCUUCCUCCCCUUCGCUAUCAAUCAGUCUCUUUAGUCUCAUUCUCCGGCCCCAUACUUCCCGGCGAACUAACUUAUUGAAUAAGUGGAAGAAGUGUACGUGCUCCGGCGACGACGGCGGCUAGAUGUUUUACUCGCAGACGUUUUUGGCUCGAAAGGGCCCGCUGGGUACGGUCUGGUGCGCCGCUCACCUUCAGCACAGGCUCAAGAAAUCUCAUUACACUUCCACUGAUAUCAAAGCCGUCGUCGACCACAUAAUGUGCCCAGAAGUGCCGAUUGCGCUUCGGAUGUCUGGCCACCUUUUGCUAGGAGUUGCUAGGAUCUACUCCAAGAAAGUGGAUUAUCUAUUUCAGGACUGUAAUUUAAUGAAGCUUAGUUUGAGAAAUGCCUUCACCAUCACAGUAGACAUCAAUCUGCCAGAGAAUGCCAAAACAGCCAAGCCGGAUGCUGUUACUUUGCCCCAAACAUUUGACCUAGAUGCACUGGAGGUCGAUGAUGACAUCCACAAUAUUUAUGGGUCUCCAGAUAGUCAUUGCAAAACUCGAGAGGAAAUCACGCUGGAUGAUCAGAUCCCUACAGGGAGAGAGCCGUUUGUUGCUAUAACUUUUGACGAGGACAUCACAAUGGAUGAUACUUCACAGCAAGACCUGGCUCGUGAUUUGGGAGUUAGACCAGUAGUGGAAGACCCCGAUCGUGAUGAAAACAACCACAGAGGAGGUGGUCCAAGCAAUGACACAGAAAUGCUUACUGAACCUGCAGAUUUUGGGGAUGUCGGUCCAAGCAAUGAUACAGAAAUGCUCACUGAACCUGUAGAGUUUGGGGAUGUCGGUCCAAGCAAUCAGACCGAAGUGCUCACUCAAGCAACAGGAUUACAGGAUCCUGGGCCGAGCAAUCAGACAGAAGUGCUCACCGGAUCGGCAGAAGCAUCACAGGGCACUGGCACAAGGGAUCGUACUAUGAUGGAUGAUGUACUUACUGAGAAUGUGGAACCUGGUCAAGUUGAAAAAAUUCGUGAUGCUCGUGAUUCUAGUCCAAGAAGAGCACCACUUGUGUCUCCGGAUAUGGAAAAGGAUGAUGCUGCUGAUCGAAACCGGCUUCGAGAAAAAGAUUUGCUUGAGAGUGGGAUUAAUAUUCGGAUUCCAGAAGAGCCUUCCUCUUCAGGGGUACACUCUUUUCGACUUAGGCCACAUUCAGAACCUCCUACCUCUGCUGUCUCUGGAGGAUCGGGACUUUUCCUUGAUGAAAAUAUGUCUCCUGGCCAAGCAACACCUGGACUUGCUAUGGUUGUUGCACCUUCACCUGUUCAGCAACCACAGCGGAGGGCCAGAAGGAGAAAUUAUUUCUUCGAUCACGCAACAGUAUUGACGAACAAGUUUGUAAAGAAGGGUUUGAAUGAUUGUACUGAUUUGUUGCGCAAAAAGAGGGCUCCGCCUUCUGCUUUGAGCGUCUGGAAGCUGAACAAGAAAUCAAGGAAAGAACAAGUUUUUCAUGAGCCGUUAAUAACAGGCUUGUCCCCAGAUAUAAGUACCUACUUUGACGCGGACCAUAGCUUUGCUAAUCGUCAUCCAAUUCCUCAACUGGAAGAUAUUGCUGAGCCUAGUGGUCCUUCAUCUCCUAUUCAGUCAACUGCUGUAGAUGUCAAUCCAGAGCCUACAGUUCCAAAUUCUCCUCCUGUGAUUCAACCCAUCUCGCCUAGAAAUGUCCAUUCUCAAUCUAAAGCUCCCUCAGAUGAUCCCACCACUACCACCGUGGAGCCCACUAAUGGGAAGUCGGCAAACCCAGAGGCUAAUGAUACUGAUACGGGCAUGGAUAUGGAUAUUGAUAUUGACAUUGAACGUGUUCGGGAUGAUGGAGGAGGCCAUCACAGUAAUGAUGAUGUUCUAAAUGAAUUUUCGAUGAAUUCUCCUGUUCAAUAUGGGCCUUUUCCUAGACAAGAUGCCUCGACUCCCAGUCCAAAGCAUGUGCAUUCAACCACAGUCCGUGAUGGGGCAGGAAACACAGGUGCAAGUGACAUGCUGCAUACUGCAACAGACUUUGCUGCCUCCACUAGCACAUUCAGUUCAGUGUUGAGGACUCCAAGAAUGUUUGGAGAGGACACUCAGCUCUCAAAUAUUCUUGAAGUGAUGGAUAGCGCGGAAUCAGAAGGCCGUUAUUCUGGUGGGGGAGAUAGCACGCCUGCUCCUGGGUUUUAUAAGGUAGGCAGUCAAGGAGUUCACCAAUUGUCUGGUAGAACCAGGGCUGUGGCUCAGUACUUGGAAAGACAAUCUCCUAAUACUCCAACCUUGGGAGAAGAUCAAACCAGAGAUAUCAGUCUCAACAAGCUCCUAGAAGGGAAGACCAGGACGGUGUGUGCCCGAAUGUUCUUCGAGACUCUGGUUCUGAAGAGCCAUGGAGUCGUUGAUGUCGAACGAGAGAAGGAACAGGGCCGAGUUCUUCUGAAGCUUGAUGUGGAACAAGAGGAGCCCUAUGGCGACGUUCAUUUGAAGCUGACCCGUUUGGCAACAUAACAUAUCAGUAGUAGUGCAUUGGCAUAUAUGAGGCAUUAAUUAGGUCACGAACCAUGAUUUUGAAGUCCAGGUUUGUGAUUAUGAAGUAUGAUAGUAGGUUUUGGUAGAAGUAGGACUAGUUAGUUAAUUUAUAUAGAGGGAUAGUGUUCUGUUACAGGCAGAAGGAUGAGCAGAGUCCAUCCAUAUGGUUGCUUGAUUGUAUACAAAGAUAAUUGACCAGUAAAACUAAACCAGCUGUUGAUCU